AUGAUAUCGGAACGCCCGUUCUCAAGCUCCGAAACCUGCAGCAUAGACGGGACCUGCGUAGAUUGGGAUGGGCCAGACGACCCGGCAAAGCCAGUCAAUUGGCCACUGCGCAAGAAAGCGAAGAACCUCGCCAUAAUCUGCUACCUCUCCUUUCUCACACCAUUCAGCUCAACCAUGUUCGCGCCCGCGGUCUCCGACGUCAUGGACACUUUCCACUCGACCAGCGCCGAGCUCGCCUCCUUCGUCGUCUCCGCCUUCGUCCUUGGUUACUGCUUCGGCCCGCUCUUCCUUGGCCCGGCGAGCGAGUUGUACGGCCGCGCCCCAAUUUACCACAUGUGCAACAUCUCAUUCGCCGUUUUCUGCGUCGGCUGCGCGGUUUCGAAUAGCCUGGGCUUGCUGAUCGCGUUCCGCUUCCUCGCGGGGAUGUUUGGCGGAUGCCCGAUCACCAUCGGUGCUGGCUCGCUGGCGGACAUGUUCAAGCAGGAGAACCGGGGUGCGAUGAUUGCUACCUGGGCGGUUGGGCCGCUGGUUGGGCCCAUCAUUGGGCCGAUUACGGGUGGGUUUUUGAGCCAGCAUGCGGAUUGGAGAUGGGUGUUUUGGCUGAUUGUGAUUGCUGCCGGAUUCGGGGCAUUGGUUUCUCUGCUGCUCCUGGAUGAGACGUACCCGCCAACAAUACUAGGCAACAAAGUCGCACGCCUCCGAAAGAGCGCUAGGACUCAAAGCUUCCACUCUGUAUACGACACCGACCCAAAUCAACGCACCUCCAAGGUCUUUGUCUACGGUAUCGUACGCGCCGUACGCCUCUUCCUGUUCUCGCCAAUCGUUUCCAUCCUGUCAAUCUACCAGGCAAUCAGCUAUGGCUAUUUAUACUUACUGUUCACAACUUUCCCCCCCAUCUUCCAGACCCGGUACCACUUCUCAAAAGGUGGAGUAGGAUUGGCAUUUCUUGGAAUCGGCACCGGCUCCAUUAUUGCGCAGGUAUUCGGCGGCCUAAUCUCGGACGCGAUUCUGAAGCGGCUGGCAGGGCGAGGCGUCUUGAAACCCGAGUACCGACUACCCCCGCUCUUCCCAACCUGCUUCGCCAUUCCAAUUGCUUUGUUCUGGUACGGCUGGGCUGCCGAGAAGAAGGCGCAUUGGAUCGUGCCGCUCGUUGGCACCGGACUGCUUGGAUUUGCGCUGAACAUCGUCUUCACGUGCGUCGUGACGUACCUCAUCGACGCGCACCCGCUCCACGAAACCAGCGCUGUCGCGGCGUCUGUGGCCGUCCGUUCUCUCGGGGGAGCUUUGCUCCCGCUCGCUGGACGAGCCAUGUAUACCACCAUGGGCCUGGGCUGGGGGAACUCGCUGCUCGGGUUUCUGACCCUUGCUAUGUGCCCGUUUCCGUGGAUGUUCUAUAAAUACGGCGAGCGGAUUCGGACGAAUCCGAAGUUCCAGAUCAAGUGGUGAGGGGCGGCGCAUUGGCCCGGGACGUUUUUGAGCUACAGUUGUUAGACGUGAAAACGUGUCCAAUUGAAGAAUUUGGAGACGUCUGAUCAGUACUUUGGGUAAGAUAGGAUAGCGAAGGAGUAGUUCGGAGGGCUGCCCCGUGAAGGUGGAGUAGUUCAUACCCUCUGCUUUAGUUUAGUAUUGUGCUGCCUUAUGGACAUGUAUCCACAACGCUCACGCAAUAUCACCAAAUGAAGCUUUAGAACAGAAAAUUAGUUGCAGUCUAAUUCACAAGUAGAAUUUACUUGGCAGGCUCAACUCUCUCAAUUUACCGCUUACAAAAAGGUUCUGCAUCUCCUGUUUGCCGUCUUCCUCCUCGCCGCUGACGUUAUCAUCUUCCCCGUCUUCUUCUUCUUCUCC